AUGAGCCACAUCUACGGCAGCCACCUCUCCCCGCUGGGCAGCCCGUCCAUGGUUUACCUGCCGGCAGCGCUCGGCUUCGCCCCCGGGGGGGCGAUAUCCCGGCAGGACCCUCCCCAGAAACCCCCCUACAGCUACAUCGCCCUCAUCGCCAUGGCCAUCAAAGAGGCUCCGGAGCAGAAGGUGACCCUCAGCGGUAUCUACCAGUUCAUCAUGGACCGCUUCCCCUUCUACCACGACAACAAGCAGGGCUGGCAGAACAGCAUCCGCCACAACCUCUCGCUCAACGACUGCUUCGUCAAGGUGCCCCGCGAGAAGGGGCGGCCGGGCAAGGGCAGCUACUGGACCCUGGACCCGCGGUGCCUGGACAUGUUCGAGAACGGCAACUACCGCCGCAGGAAGAGGAAGCCCAAAGCCGCGGCCCCUCCGGACGCCAAGGCUGGCGAGCAGCCGGGGCCGCCCGCUCGCCCCGUCGAGCCCAAGCGGGCCAAGGGCGGCGCGGCCGCAGCGCCGGGGGACGCGGCGCUCCCGCGGCCGGGCAGGGGGGGGACAGCGGCUUCCCCCGGGGGCCCGGCCCCGCUCCCCGCUGCUGCGGCCCCGCCGCACAAGAGCGGCCCCCGGGGCCGCAGCUUCAGCAUCGAGAGCAUCCUGGCGCGGGGGCUGCGGCCGCCGCCCCCCGGGGCAGCCCCCAAGGCGGCCCGGGACAGCCCCGCCGGCUCCCUGGUGGCCAGCGGCGGCUUCGGGCCGGCCCUCAACGCCUCGCUCAUGCUCGACUCCCAGGUGCACGGGAGGCUUUACCACAUCGGCAUCCCCUUCCUCUCCUGCUUCCCUCUGCACUUCUCCGAGGCGGUGUUUAAUUUCCAGUAG